GUCUCCCCAGCAGAGGUCCAGACCAGUAGCCCUACCAUCUCCCCAGCAGAGGUCCAGACCAGUAGCCCUACCGUCUCCCCAGCAGAGGUCCAGACCAGUAGCCCUACCAGCCAGCCCUACCGUCUCCCCAGCAGAGGUCCAGACCACUAGCUCUACCAUUUUCCCCAGCAUGGCUCUCUCCGGGCCGGGUGGCUUCCUCUCUGAGGAUCAGUUCAUCUGUUCUAUCUGCCUGGAUGUGUUCACCAACCCAGUCUCCACACCCUGUGGUCACAGCUACUGUCUGGACUGCAUCUCCACCUACUGGGAUGGAGGGAAGACGUGUGUGUGUCCGCUGUGUAAGGAGAGCUUCAGGAAGAGGCCGGACCUUCACAUCAACCGCACCCUGAAGGAGAUCACCGAGCAGUUUAAGAAGAUGGCGGACGGAUUGGACCGGGGGGCCAUGGUGAUUGAAGGAGGGAUUGAGAGUCAAGGUUGGGGUGGCGGUGGAAAUGAGGGGGUGUCAUACGGGGUUGAGCGUCCUCCGGUCCCUCCAAGACCCCCAGGGAUGGGUGUGAUGCCUGGGGAUUUGUUGUUGGAGAUGAAGACCAGGUUACAACGACCUUUGAAAUCCAGAACCCCUCCGCCCGUCCUCCACCCCCACCCGCCCACACCCUUCUCCUCCAACACCACCGCCCUCUCGCCCCCCGCCCCUCCUGUUGUCCCACGCAGAUACACCCUGAGCGGGCCUGCUGAUUCCUCUGCCGACGCGCCUCUCUGUCCCGAACACCAGAGGGGGCUGGAGUUCUUCUGCCGGACGGACCAGACGUGUGGGUGUGCCGUGUGCAUGGAGGGAGAGCACCAUGGACACCAGGUUAUACCAGCCAAGAGAGAGUGGCUCAUUAAGAAGUCUCAGUUGGAAAUCACAGAGGCGGAGCUGAGGGACAUGAUCACACAGAGAGAAAAGAAGGUGGAGGACAUCAGGACAUCACUGGAGGACAUACAGGCGUGUGCGGAGCAUGAGACAGCGGGCAGCAUGCAUGUGUUCUCUGCCCUGGUGAGCUCUGUGGAGAGGAGCCAGGCAGAGCUGUUGGAGGUGAUAGAGAUGUCACAGCGGGCUGCACAGCACCGAGGACAGACACUCAUCAGAGACCUACAGCAGGAGAUCUCUGAGCUGAGGAAGAGAAGCGCCACCCUCACCCAGCUAGCCCAGUCUGACGACUACGUACUUUUCUUUAAGACAUUCUCCACCCCGCCUCAGACCAGGGAUUGGUCGGAUGCUGUUGUGACCUCUGACCUCACCUCAGGGGCGGUGCUUCUGACUGUCAAUCAAAUGGUGGAGCGGUUUCGGGAGGACCUCAAGAGACUGCCGGAGAUCUGUGAGUUAUGGCUGACCGUUCCAACUACGGCUAACUUACAGUCACGUCAAACACUAGUGCAGGAAUAUGCAGUGGAUGUAACCCUGGACCCUCUCACCGCCCACCCCCGCCUGCUCAUCUCUGACGACGGCAAGCAGGUGCGCUGCUGGGACCGCUACCAGCCCGUGCCGGACGGCCCCGAGCGCUUUGACCGUGUGGUCUGCGUCCUCGGGCGCCAGGCUUUCUCUUCGGGACGCCAUUACUGGGAGGUGGAGGUUGGUGGGAAGACGGACUGGGACCUGGGCGUGGCAAGCCACUCCAUCAACAGGAAAGGGAAGAUCAUAGUAAGCCCCGCCCACGGCUACUGGUUCCUGAGUCUCCGGGAUAAGAACGACUACGCGUUCCGAACGGAACCGUCGACAGCGCUGGGCCUCAACCACAAACCCAACCGUAUAGGGAUCUACGUAGACUGUGAUAAGGGACAGGUGUCGUUCUAUAACAUGGACGCUAAGAUGCUCAUCUAUACAUUCACCGACAGCUUCUCGGAUGCCAUUCAUCCCUUCUUCAGCCCUUGCACCAAUAAGUCUGGCAGGAACGAGGCGCCGCUCAUCAUUUGUCCUGUCUCGAUGCCUCUGGUGGACUGAGAUGGGUUUUAGUUGUUUUGUGCAUUCCUAAAGGUAGCUUCCUGUCUGUCCUUGUUCAAUGUUCUUCACUGAGCCAAUAGGACAGGACUGGAUAGGUCAAAGCAAUAUGGUGGAAGCUAUAGCUGAUGCGCCCAAUAUACCCAGAUGUCUCAUGUCAACAUAGGGAAGUGAACAAGGCCAGAAGAGAGGGAACAAUUUUCUGGAAUGAAAUACAGUCUCUUAGAACCAUUCAUAAUGACCUCCUGUGUUCUAUGGAGCUGACCAAUGGAUACUCUGGAUACUGAGUCUGGAUUGGACUGAUCAUUUUGACCAAUACAACCGACUACAGUCCAUCAGUCUGAGAAUGAAGGAUUUCACCAUCUGUCCUUAUCACACGAUGGAUUAAUCUGUCUAUAUUGGGUCAUAUGUGUCUCACAUGGCUCCCUAUUCCCAUUUAGUCUGCUUCUUUGACCAGAGCCCUAUGGGCGCUAUGUAUUGCAUUACUAUAGGGAAUAGUGUGUUAUUUGGGACAUAACCACAGUCAUACAAAUAAAACGUAUUACUUGUAUAUUACAAUCCAGUUUUUGAAGGAUGUCCACAAUAAACCAAAUGUAAACUAUGUGGACUGGGAGCCACCGAGUAAGACCCAGAGACAAACACAAAGACAAAGAAUCCUUUAUGAGCCAGUCAAUUUAGUCAUCGUAUUCUACACAGAGUGGACAAAACUUUAAGAACACCUGCUCUUUCCAUGACACAGACUGACCAGGUGAA